UGGAACCUGUUGAGCCGGAGUUCCGUGUUCCGUGCAAUGGACGGUGUCUACCACCAUUUAACAGUUGGUACAAAGAGAGGACCUGACCAGCUUUUCUGCAGUGUCUCCAACGGCCCGUAUAUCAUGAACACCACAGCCAAUGGCAACGACAGUAAAAAGUUCAAAGGUGACAUGAGAGGCCUGGGGGCGUCAUCCAGAGUCCUGCACAUCCGCAGACUGCCCAGUGACAUCACCGAGACAGAGGUGAUCGGCCUGGGUCUGCCCUUUGGAGACGUCACCAACCUGCUGAUGUUAAAGGCCAAGAACCAGGCGUUCUUGGAGAUGAGUACAGAAGAAGCUGCUCAGAACAUGGUGGGUUAUUACUCCACAGUCCUGCCCAUCAUCAGGAACCAGCCAAUCCACGUCCAAUUCUCCAACCACAAGGAACUGAAGACCGACAACUCCCCCAACCAGGAGAGGGCUCAGGCGGCUCUUCGGGCUCUGUCCUCGUCACAUGUGGACUCGGUGGUCUCUGCUCCCAGUACGGUGCUUAGGGUGGUGGUGGAGAACCUGGUGUGCCCCGUUACCAUGGACACCCUCUGCCAGGUCUUCUCUAAGUUCGGGACGGUUCUUCGUAUCAUCGUCUUCACUAAGAACAGUCAAUUUCAGGCUCUGCUUCAGUACUCUGACGGACAGUCAGCCCAGGCUGCUAAAGUGUUAUUGGACGGACAGAACCUAUACAACGGCUGCUGCACUCUGAGGAUCAGCUUCUCCAAACUCACCACCCUGGACAUCAAGUACAACAACGAGCGCAGCCGCGACUUCACCCGCCCCGACCUGCCCAGUGGAGAGAGCAUGCCCCCCAUGGAGCACCCCGCCAUGGCUGCCGCCUUCAGUAAGCCCCGCCCCCUAUGCCUACACUUAUCCACUGAGCCCAGGUCAGACCAAUGAGCUGAUGUUACCUUCAAGUGCUGUCA